UUCCUGCUCCCAGGCGACCCAAAGUCCCUCUGUCCUCACGUCUGUGUACAAGCGGCACCAAUUAACAGUGGGGUACCACGGCAAGGACCGGAUUUGAUGUGCCCCCGUGCGGCGGGGCAGAGCCAUCAAGACAGCAAGAGCAACAAGCCGGGGAGCGAGCGCGGCGGGUCACGUGACCCCGCACGCCGGGCCUGCUGUCGGUGUUCAGCAGACGGAGAGAGAGGAAGAAAAAUGGCGGCUGCGGGCGAGCCGGAGCGGGACGCCAGCCAUUGGGCUUGAGCUUUCUCUCACUAACUGAGUCCGGGGCUUAACGGGUGCGAGUGCUACGAGUUGUGCGCUGCUCCAGCAUUCGGAAGGUGCCCGUUUGCCCGUAUUUGCGUCUGGGAAUUGCAGCCGAAAUCGGCCCGCGAAAAUAAUAGCUGUUUUCUUUCUGGCUGCACGAUGAGGGGGAGACGAGGCAGGCCGCCCAAGCAGGCGCUGAUGCAGGAGCCCUCUCCGGGGCCAGUCCGGGGACUCCGACCCAGGAGAGGGCACUGGGCGAAGGGAAGAGGCGCCUCGGAAGUCGAAUUUCCAACGCCGCGCAGAGGCGGCCACCACUCGGCCAGAGGCAGGAGGAAAGUGGGCUCGACCACGGCAUCAUCGGGAAGAGGCAGGGGCAGGGGGGCUGGUGGAGGCAGGGGCAGGAGAAGCAGCAAGGUGGUCUACGACGACCACGAGAGCGAAGAAGAGGAGGAUGCGUCCAGCCUGCGUUCCGAAGAGGAAUACCCGGCAGAGGAAGAGUUACCGUCGGAAGAUGACGACGAGGAGACGCCGAUGGAUGAAGAGUCCGACUACCUAGAGGAGCUCGAAGAGGAGGACGACGACGAUGCCAGCUACUGCACGGAGAGCAGCUUUAGAAGCCAGAGUACGUACAGCAGUACCCCAGGAAGAAGACGACCGAGACACCACAGGCCAAGGUCUCCCAUCUUUGAGGAGAAGGAGAUCCCGCUUUUGGAGCUACCGAAAUCCUCAGAAGAUCUCAUGGUACCCAGUGAACAGUUAUUGAACGUGUCCGCCAUUUAUGAGGUGCUAAGGAACUUUGGCACAGUCUUGCGCUUGUCUCCUUUUCGCUUUGAGGACUUCUGCGCAGCCCUGGUAAGCCAGGAACAAUGCACUUUGAUAGCAGAGACACACAUCUCUCUGCUAAAAGCUAUUUUACGAGAGGAGGACACUUCCAACACCACUUUCGGCCCAGCUGACCUAAAGGACAGUGUAAACUCCACAUUGUAUUUCAUAGAUGGAAUGACAUGGCCAGAAGUUGUACGUGUUUACUGUGAGAGUGACAAAGAGUACCAUCAUGUGUUGCCGUAUCAGGAGGUGGAGGAAUAUCCCUAUGGCCCUUUGGAAAGUAAAAUCAAAGUACUGCAAUUUUUAGUGGACCAGUUCCUAACCACAAACAUUGCUCGUGAAGAGCUAAUGUCUGAGGGUGUCAUCCAGUAUGAUGACCAUUGUCGAGUUUGUCAUAAGCUAGGGGACCUGCUGUGUUGUGAGACCUGUUCUGCUGUCUAUCACUUGGAGUGUGUUAAGCCUCCACUGGAAGAAGUCCCAGAAGAUGAAUGGCAGUGUGAGGUUUGUGUAGCACACAAAGUACCUGGAGUCACAGACUGUGUAACAGAAAUUCAGAAAAGCAAGCCAUAUGUGCGACAAGAACCCAUUGGUUAUGACCGGCACAGACGGAAAUACUGGUUUUUGAACAGGAGAUUAAUAUUAGAAGAAGACGGAGAACAUGAGAGCAAGAAAAUAUGGUACUACAGCACAAAAGUUCAGCUGACUGAAUUAAUAGACAGUCUGGACAAAAACUACUGGGAAAAUGAACUUUGUAAAAUCUUGGAAGAAAUGAAAGACGAAAUCCAUUCUCACAUGGAUGUAACUGAAGAUCUCACAAACAAGGCUAAAGGCAAUAAUAAGUCAUUUCUGGCUGCAGCUAAUGAAGAAAUACUGGAGCGCCUAAAAGCUAAACAAGAAGCUGAGCUUGAAGUUAAAAAAACAGUGUCUGAAGAAUCUGACAGGGUGACAAAGGACUUGGGGUCAGAGAGCCAGUCUUCGAAAGAGAAAAGUGAACAAGACUGUUCUUCUGAAAAGAAUUCUGAGAUUAGAAAAGAAGAGGAUCAACUUGAAAUUGGACAAGGAGAGGUACUUACAACAGCACCUCCCAAUGGCGAGGAAGGUUGUUACCUAGAGGAACUGAAACCUUCAUCCUUCACUGGCAUCGGAACUGCUCCUUCUGCAGCUGAGACAGGCACGGUUGAAGAAAAGAGCACAUCUGAGCCUCAUGUAGGCGUCCUGGAGGAGAAGCCAGCUGUGCAGCUCGCCGAGGAUGCAGCAGAUAAAAAAACGGAAAGAAGUUGUGCAAAUGCAGACGGUUCCCAAGCCACUGCUCUGCCUACUACACAGGUGAAUGAUGAAAACAGCAACAGUAGUAGUGCAGCUGCUUCUGAACCCCACAGCUGUACUGCUUCAAAAUCGGUGGAUGACUUAGACAUUGCAGACAAGGCCUCUCAGUCUUCUGCUACAAGUCAAGAAGAGAUGGGUGAUAUUAAAUUGGAGAAAUCUAAUAAUGAGAGCACUGAUUGUUUGAAUGGAGCCAAGGGCACUCCAGGCUCAACGCGAAUGGUUACACGGUUAAGAAACCCUGACAGCAAACUGAGUCAGCUCAAAAGCCAACAGGUAGCAGCUGCUGUUCACGAGGCAAACAGGUUCUACAAAGAAGGAAAAGAGGUCUUGGUUGUCACUUCCCAAGGAGAGGUUUCUCGCCUGAGCACAAGAAAAGAAAUAGUAAUGAAGGGAAAUCUUAGCAACUAUUUCAAGCUUGGCCAAGAAGGGAAGUACAGGGUUUACCACAAUCAGUACAGCACCAAUGCCUUGGCCCUUAACAAGCAUCAGCACCGUGAGGACCAUGACAAGCGGCGGCACUUAUCCCACAAGUUCUGUAUGACACCUGCGGGUGAAUUCAAGUGGAAUGGCUCUGUGCAUGGCUCAAAGGUGCUGACAGUAUCCACACUGAGGCUAACAAUCAUCCAGUUAGAAAACAACAUUCCUGCACCAUUUCUUCACCCCAACUGGUCAUCUCACAGGUCUAACUGGAUUAAAGCUGUGCAGAUGUGCAGCAAAGCAAGGGAAUUUGCCCUGGCACUGGCAAUUCUUGAGUGUGCAAUCAAGCCUGUUGUCAUGCUUCCAGUAUGGAGGGAUGCUCUUGGUCAUACAAGGCUGCAUCGAAUGACAUCAAUAGAACGGGAAGAAAAAGAAAAAGUUAAAAAGAGGGAGAAGAAACAAGAAGAUGAGGAAACUAUGCAGCAGGCUACAUGGGUGAAAUACACUAUUCCCAUUAAGCAUCAGGUAUGGAAGCAAAAAGGUGAAGAAUACAGAGUGACAGGUUAUGGAGGAUGGAUCUGGGUUAGCAAAACAUAUGUCCACAGGUUUUUACCCCGGCUACCUGGAAACACCAAUGUUAAUUAUAGAAAGAAUUUGGAAGCAGCAAAACUCUGCAAGGAUGCUACAGAACCUGAUAAAAGGAAAAACUCCUCCAAAAUAAAGACAGAAAUUGAAACCCAGAACAAGGACACCUGUAUUACAGAGUCACAUGGUUCACCCACCCAGGCGUCCUCCACAAAACUCAGUUCAGAUAGCAGCAAAGAAGACGAUGAAGAGGAAAAGCAUGUAGAAAAAAAAGAAGAGAAAAAAAUUGACUUGAAGUUUGAAGAUAAUAUGGACCUUGACAGCACUUCACCCCAUUCAAAUCAUGAGGAGGAGAAAGGGAAAACUGAAAAUGACAACUUGAUUAAGGAAGAACACACAAGUGAUUCAGUUUCCAAAACUUUGGCAAAACCAUUUGAAGAUGAUGUAAUCAAUGUCAGUGAGGGUUUUCAGCUCAGAACUGUUUAUAAAAAGAAAGUGAAAGCUUCUAAAUUAGAUGGACUGCUUGAACGAAGGGUUAAACAAUUUACAUUGGAAGAAAAGCAGAGGCUUGAAAAACUAAAACAGGUAUCUUUAGUGAACCAGUGUGGAAGCCUUAAUGGGGGACACAAAAUGGCUGGCAGUCUCCCUCAGCUUACAGUUAAAGCCAUAACAGACAUUAAAUCCCUUUCACCAGAAAAGGAACAGUUGGAGACCAUUUCAGUAGAUAAAGUGGAACAUGUGAGCAGGGAGAACACACUGCUGAAAGACUUAACAUUUAGUAGAGAAGGCAGUCCAUUACCUGGAGAAGAAGAGGAAGGUGAGCCAAGCUCAGAUCAGACUGUUGACCACCAUGAGGAUAAAAGCAAUCCUGAUUGCUCAAAUGCAUAUUUCUGUCAAGCCUCUCCCACAAAAACAGGAAAUAAAUCAAAAGAAAUUUUAAGUGACAUUCAGGACUCAGACCUAUGUGAAACACAGGACCUAAAUUCUCAGGCUGGUUCUAAUAAUCAGACGGGAGGCAGUGAGAGAGCCUCACCAACUGUAAGUAUAGAAAGCAAUAUUGAGCUACAGACAUCUGAUAGAAAGCAGCCUAGUGUGACUGUGGAACCACAUAAUAUUACAGACACUCCUAAUCAGGCUUCUUCAAAAAUUUUAUCUUCCCAGCUUGGCAGUGUUCAGUCCACAUCUGAGUUAAAUGGUGGCACUCAGAAUAAUAAAAAUCUUGAAUGUCAAAAUAACAUUUCAAAAUUGGACAGAAUUAAGGAGGAGGGGAGUAUAAUCUCAGAAGAAAAUGGAGCAAGUCAAGACUUUGAGAAGAGUAACAUUUUCUCAGAAUCUGAGAGCAGUAAAGCACAAGAAAUAGCACUUUCCUCCAUGGUCCAAAUCAACGGGAAGGAACAUGCAGAUUUGGACCUUGGAAAUAAUAUUGACAUCAAAGUUAAUAACUUGAAUCGAUCAAGUUUAGAUACAAAGGACAUGCUGAGAACUUUAAUGAACGGAGAUAUAACAAUGGAGGAUAUCAAGGAGAUGCCUUCCAGCUGUCAUUCAGUCAAUGAGUGUGAAGAUCUUCCCAUUGUUAAAGAGAUUAAUCUUGCCAACCAUGCUAGCAAAACUGUGAAAACUGCAGGCAUUAGCACAUCUUUGGACGGAAUGUCAGCUGCACAUAAAUAUAAGGACAACUGUAGCAAUAACGAGGAAGAACCCAUGGAUGUUGAGAUGUCUGUCUCUAAAAAAAUAAUUCCUUCCCCUGUUCCCUCUGCUGAAGAGUCAAGCCUUAGCAAUGACUUUCCUGAUGAUUCUAAUUUGCAGGUGGACUCAAGGGUCUCAGCCAAUGGGCAAGACAACAUAAAAACAAUUAUCACCAAUGUAACUACCACCACCACCACUACUACAGUGUCCACAGAGUCCAAAACACUUCAUAUAAAAGAGGUUUCUAGAACAGACAAUUGUGAUCCUACAGUGGUUUCUACAAUGGAGAAUUGUGCUGUUUCUACAUUAACCACCAUGACAAAGACCACAGUGACGCACGUCAGCUCUCCUUCUCAUGACAGUAACAUGGAUGUUGUUUCUAUAUCAGAAGAGAACAAAACUACAGUCUCUACCACAUUAACAGAUUCCACUUCCAACCUAUCUGCCUUGUGUGUGUCCUCUAUGACUGUAAGCAAAGAGUAUUCUACAAGUGACAGAGUCAGGCUGAUGAAAUUCUCUCGUUCAAAAAAGACUCGAUCAGGGACAGCACUCCCUUCAUAUAGAAAGUUUACUACUAAGAGCAGCAAAAAAAGUAUUUUGGUGCUCCCAAACGAUGACCUCCGAAAGUUGGCACGGAAAGGUGGCAUCCAAGAGGUUCCUGUCUUUAACUACAGUGCAAAGCCCGCAAUGGAUAUCUGGCCUUACCCAUCUCCUAGACCAACAUUUAGUAUUACAUGGAGGUAUCGUCUUCAGACGGUGAAGUCUUUAGCAGGGGUUAGUCUAAUGCUGAGACUGCUGUGGGCGUGUUUGAGGUGGGAUGAUAUGGCGGUGAAACCAUCUUCAGCUGGUGGCAGUACUCGCACAGAAACUUCAGAAACGGAAAUAACCACAACAGAGAUAAUUAAACGAAGAGAUGUGGGACCCUAUGGGAUCCGUUCCGAGUACUGCAUCAGAAAAAUAAUUUGUCCGAUUGGUGUGCCUGACACGCCGAAAGAAACUCCAACCCCUCAAAGGAAAGGUCUUCGUUCUAGUGCUCUAAGGCCUAAAAAGCCUGAGGCCCCAAAGCAGACUGGUCCAGUUAUAAUUGAGACUUGGGUAGCCGAAGAAGAGUUGGAACUUUGGGAGAUUAGGGCAUUUUCAGAAAGGGUCGAGAAGGAGAAAGCACAGGCUGCAGAGCUGCAGGCAAAGGUUAGUGAGCAGAAGAGACCGGAGGAAUUCAAGGCCCAAAUGGAGGCUCAGAUUAAGCAGCAGAGAUUGGCUGCCCAGCAGAAACGUUUGGAGCAGCAGAAGCAAUCUCCAUCAACUAGCACUGCCUCACCAGUCUCCACCACAAGCACGUCAACCACUGCUGUGUCCACUCCUCAAAAGGUUAUGGUCAGUUCUUUGGCAAGCCAGGUUGCGCCUGGCACAAAAGUGGUACUGGCUACCAAAAUGGGCUCACCUACAGUUACGUUCCAGCAAAACAAGAAUUUCCACCAGACAUUUGCCUCUUGGGUUAAACAAGGCCAGACCAGCACAGCCACCAGUACUGUAGCGACAGUAGCUACCACUGUGGCAGCCUCCGGUCCAACCUUCCAGAUCUCAGGCAGUCCAGUGACAGUGUCUGGCAAAGUAAUUACUGCCAAAUUACCCCUUCCUGCCAACAGCAAAAUUGUUACAGUGAAUGUGCCAACAACACAAGGAGGGGUUGUUCAAGUCCAACAAAAAGUCUUGGGGAUUAUUCCAUCUAGCACGGCAGGUAAUCAGCAAACAUUCACAUCAUUCCAGCCUCGAACAGCAACUGUCACCAUUCGGCCAAAUGCAAGUGGGGCAGUGGGAACAACUCCUCCAACUCAGCAGGUAAUAACUGGAGGUGCACAGAUCCGUCCUGGUGUAACAGUCAUUCGAACGCCUAUACAACAAACUGCAGCCUUGGGCAAGACAAUUAUUCGAACACCAUUGAUGUUGCAGCAAGGUAUUCUACCAGCCAGUCAGACGCAACAGGUUGUAACACAGAUCAUACGGGGGCAACCAGUGUCCUCAGCAGUAUCAAACUCCAGUAGUGUUCAGACAUCAGCUGGUCAGAAGGUUGUAACAAAUGCCACACAGCAGCAGCAGGCAGUCACCACCCAGACCCAACCUUCUACACCUCAGGCUGCACAAGGACCUCGACCACAACAGGGUCAGGUGAAACUAACUCUUGCCCAACUUACCCAGCUAACACAAGGACAGGGUGGAAGUCAAGGGCUAACUGUGGUAAUUCAAGGUCAAGGACAGACAACGGGCCAGUUACAAGUGAUUCCUCAAGGUGUCACUGUUAUACCUGGACCAGGGCAGCAGCUCAUGCAGGCUGCUAUGCCCAAUGGCCAGCUCCAACGCUUCCUAUUUACACCGCUGCCUCCUGUAACAUCCACCAGUAAUGCUACUGUAACUCCAGUAACCGCUACCACCACCACACCAUCUGUACCAGCUUCUAUUGAGCCAAAGCAGGCACAGAUAACAGCAGCACCACAGUCACAAGUGCAGCCACUUAUGCAGCCUCAAUUACAAAUAUCAGCUACAUCUCAUGCACAGAUUCCAGUGCAACCAGUUCAGCAAGCGGUCACUCCUGUACAAACAGUCACUCCUAUUCCUGCACCACUUCCUGCACCUGUCCUAGCCCCCACUCCAGUAUCUGCCCCUGUUCCCGCUCCAACACCCGCUCCUGCACCAAUACCUGCACCUCUACCUGCCCCUGGCAUGCCAGCCCAGUCACAGUGUCAGCUGCAGACUCUUACCCAGACUCAAAGUCCCAUUCAGGAUCGGACUCCAGUGCAGAUACAGCAACCCCAAACUCCAGUGUCCUCAUCAUCAUCCCAAAUGCAGACCCAAGUCAAAACUGUCCAGACUUCACAAACACUAAACCAGCUUGCGGUGAAGUCCCCAACUCGGACACAGCUUCAGAUUCAUCAGCCACAGCUGAUCGCAGUACCUCAGCUGCAGCAACAGGUGCAGGUCCUGUCACAGAUUCAGUCACAUAUGUCAGCUCAGAUUCAGACACAAAGCAGCAGUAGUGCUCCACAGCAAAUCAAACUCCAGCUGCCUAUUCAGAUCCAGCAAGGAGGGCAGAUGCAACCACACCAGAUUCAAAAUGUUGUGGCCAUUCAGUCAUCCAGUGUACAGGAGCAACUUCAAAGGAUCCAACAACUACGAGAUCAGCAGCAGAAGAAAAAACAGCAGCAGCUGGAGGUCAAACGUGAGCAGACAUUGCAGGCAACAAACCAGAGUGAAAUCAUUCAGAAGCAAGUGGUAAUGAAGCAAAAUGCUGUGAUUGAACACCUGAAACAGAAAAAGACCCUCUCCCCAACAGAAAGGGAGGAGAAUCAGAGAAUGAUUGUAUGCAACCAGGUAAUGAAAUUCAUUCUGGAUAAAAUCGACAAGGAUGAGAAACAAGCAGCAAAGAAGAGAAAACGAGAGGAGUCUGUAGAACAGAAGCGCAGUAAGCAGAAUGCCACCAAGCUGUCAGCCUUGCUUUUCAAACACAAGGAGCAGCUGAAGGCUGAAAUCCUCAAAAAGAGGGCACUACUAGACAAGGAUCUGCAAUUGGAAGUACAGGAGGAAUUGAAAAAAGAUUUAAGCAAAUUGAAGAAGGAAAAGGAAAAAGCGCAGGCUGCUGCAUCCCAGGCAGCGGCUGCUGCUGCAGCAGCAGCAGCAGCAGCGGCUGCAGCACAGGCUGCUGCUCUUGCAACUGCUAUGUCCUCCCCAACUUCGACAGCAACCACAGUGCACAAAAGGAAGCGAGACGAUGAGAAGGACACGGCCACAGCAAAGCCUAAGAAGAAAAAAAUGAUUUCCACUACCUCAAAGGACACAAAAAAAGACACAAAACUUUACUGUGUUUGCAAAACGCCUUACGAUGAAUCCAAAUUUUACAUUGGCUGUGAUCUUUGUACCAAUUGGUACCAUGGUGACUGUGUUGGCAUCACAGAGAAGGAAGCAAAGAAGAUGGAUGACUACAUCUGUAAUGAAUGCAAGAGAGCACAAGAGGGCAGUAGUGAAGAGUUGUACUGUAUUUGUCGGACACCAUAUGAUGAGUCUCAGUUCUAUAUUGGCUGUGAUCGCUGUCAAAACUGGUAUCAUGGUCGAUGUGUGGGAAUUCUGCAAAGUGAAGCUACACUCAUAGACGAGUACGUAUGCCCUCAAUGUCAGUCUACAGAGGACGCAAUGACAGUGCUAACUCCGUUAACAGAUAAGGACUAUGAGGGCUUGAGAAGGGUAUUACGUUCGUUACAGGCUCACAAAAUGGCAUGGCCGUUUUUAGAACCAGUGGAUCCUAAUGAUGCUCCAGAUUAUUAUGGUGUAAUCAAGGAACCAAUGGAUCUUGCCACAAUGGAGGAGCGAGUCCAGAAACGCUUCUAUAGUAAGCUGACAGAGUUUGUGGCAGAUAUGACCAAAAUCUUUGACAACUGCCGUUACUACAACCCCAGUGAUUCACCGUUUUACCAGUGUGCUGAGGUCCUUGAAUCGUUUUUUGUACAGAAGCUUAAAGCUUUUAAAGCAAGCAGAUUGUGAUGUCAUAAAGUCUGACCUAAUAACUGGAAUCAGAUCUGGAUGCUGGGGUCAUAACUCUCACACUUUAUCUUUUUUCAUUGUGUCAUGGAACUUGCUGUUACCUAAACAGCGUAAAUUUUGCAUUAUUAAAUGUUAUUUAAAUCACUUUUUUUAAUAAAAAAAAGCCUUAAAACCAAACUUGAAAGAUGCCUCCAGUGACAAUCACUUUCUGGCAGCCAUGUUGAAAAAAUAAACCUGAUUUAACUGAUUUUUUUAUUAUUAUUUAAAAUUUUGAAAUGUACAUUGUAAAACACAAAAUACAAUUAGCAAAAUGAUAGUUUGGUGACAUUAACUUUUCAUUUAGGAUCUCUUCCCCACCCCUUCACAUGCUAUGAUUGGCUUGGGCGGUUGUCUUCCAACAUUUAUACUAUUUGUUUUAAAAACAAAAACAAACAAAAAAUACUUUGAAUUUAAAUACUGUAUGUUUUAAUAGACAAAACACAGUAUUUUGUCCAAAUAAGUUAAAAAAUGAAAGAUAUAUUUUUUUGUAUGAAGGGAAGACUGGAAAUUAUAUGCGAGGUGUAUUUGGCAUGCCUUCAAAUAAAAAUAAAUACAAUUUCCACUUAUUUUUUUAAAAUCUGUAAUUAGCUUGUCAAAAUAGUGCUAUUUUUGUAAUUUUCCCCCCCUUGAAGGUGGGAGAGGUUUGUUUCUCCCAUUUUGGGUCAGCAAGAAAGGACAAUUCCUAGCAACAUGGCUGCUGUUCUGUGUUUUGCUUGGACUUUCUCACUGAUUGGUUGACCCCUUGGCAUCCUGCUUUUCAUUUUUUGCACUGUGUGACGUGUCAGGCUGUGCAAAGUGUAAGGGUUCUCAACUGUUCCCUUUUUCAUAUUCUGUAGGUCUCAUAACAACAAACUACAGUCUACAGCUUCUUAAAGUACUGAACUGUUUGCCCUAAAUCAAAAACUGCAAGCAUCUGGUUAUCUGAGAGCCCUUUCGGAGCCAGACUUCUUUUACCCCCCGUUGGGUCUUCCCAGCAGGACCUCCUCGCCCCGUAAACCAGCAUAUGUUUCCAGCCAGUUGCCAUAACAAGACCUGGAAUGGAACAGUGGCAGCCCAUUUUGGCAUGAAGAUGGACGAGUAAUAGAGACGUCUUCAGCUGAUGGCUCUCGGUAGUGGCUGGAGACUCACAGGGGCGCUUUGCGACUAAUGGAACAGGUGGUUUAUGUUUUUUUAUUUUAUAUAUAUAUAUAUUUUUAUUUUUUAUUUUUUUUAGAUUUUUCAUAAUUUAUAUUUUUAAAGAGGACAUGAAGGAAGCCCAAAAGUGAAUAUAAAGCUUGUUAUCAUGCCUAAAAGCAAAAGGAUAUUCUAAGAGCCAAGAUUAUAAUUGAGAAUUAUUACUGGCACACCCUGUAGUCAACCUCUCCUGAUAAGUGCAGGUCUCACCUGCAGUCUGGAGCUGUUUUUUAUGUUUCCAUCUAAUUCCUGGUGGUAAAAACGUUUAAUGUUAACACACUCCACCUUCCGUUUCCUCUGCCUGAUCCUUUCUUUAUUUGAAAGGAGAGUCAACAUGUUGGACAAUAUGGGAAUCAACAAGGGCUUUACAGUUGACAGUUUCUAUGGGUCAGGUCACGACCUUGAAAGCAGCACUAAAAUAACAAAGAAAAGCAUACUUUGUCACCCAAAAGUGAUGACAGACUAAAAAAGCUGAAAUGCAAUGUGUAUUUGAAGGUCUCUUGUUUGUAAAACUUUUGUCAGAUUUUGGUUUUUUGUUUUUUUGUAUUAAAUUUCAAGAAAUAUUGAUGUAUAUGAAACAUAAUAAAUGGAGAACCCGUUCUCUUCCACACCGAUGGAGGCCUUAAUUUUACUCCUUUCUAAAUCAGUUCACUGCUUCAACCAAAUUCCUCCAUUUCCAGAUUAAGGAUAUUAAAGAAUGUAAAGGAUAUUUAAACCCUAAA